AUGGCGUCAUCUUCGCCGACUCUACCCACGGUCCCACAUAGAAGACCCAAAACUCAAAGGAGAAAGGCACUGAUUCCGAGUUUCGCUGAUCUUCCACUAUGCCUCGUGGAAGUAAUAAUGUCUCAACUUGUGUUAAAAGACAACAUCCGUGCGUCUGCUGCUUGCAAGUCAUGGCGUGAAGCUGCGGUUUCUGUCCGGGUAGUGGAAAAACAUCCUUGGCUUUUGUAUAUUCCAAAACGUGGCCACCAGUUCAAACUCUGCGAUCCAUUGCCAUGGAAAUCGUAUACUAUUGAUCUUCCCGAGCUAGCUAAAUCGACUGUGUGUUACUCAAGAGACGGAUGGUUACUUAUGCACAGAUCCAGCUCAAGCGAAAUCUUCUUCUUCAACCCGUUUUCUCGGGAGCUCUUAAGCUUGCCUAAGCUCGAUCUGUCUUUUCAGGACAUUGCAUUCUCUUGUCCUCCUACGUCGGAUGAUUGUGUUGUGUUAGCGUUAAACUUUUAUGUGAUUAAUCUUGUCACUAUCAGCACUUGCCAUCCUGGAGGAACUGACUGGAUUAGGGAUGACUUCCCUACUGAUUAUCGACCUUUUACAUAUACGAAUUGCAAGCUUCUCUAUCUCAAUGAUCGAUUUUAUUGCUUAAGCGCAAGAGGAGGAUGGUUGUAUUCCUUUCGCCUAUCUUCCCGCAAAUGGAAGCUUCAUCAGCGACGACGGAAUCAGUACGAGACUGCAGCUUUCUUGGCAGAGAGGAAAGGGAAGCUCUUUCUCAUGUAUUCACGUGGAAACGAGAAGCCAAAGUUCUAUAAACUAGUCUAUUUGGCAUGGAAAGAGAUGACUAGUACUGAGCUUGAUGGCUUGACAUUCUUUGCCAGCUUUCAUAACUCUGAGCUGAGAAGUGACCUCCCAUGGAUGAGGAACAAUGUCUUUUUCUCAAGGUUUGGUUACAAUCGCAAGCGUUUAUCCUACUCGUUUGAUGAAAACAGCUGGUACAAUCGGCCUAAGGAAUGGCGCAACUGUUGGAAUCGUCAUCCUACUGCAUAUAUCUAUCCUUAUCGGUGGUGGACUGAGUGCACGAGAGCAAUUUUCAUGGCAGAGAUGAAAAGAGAGCUCUUUCUCGUUUUUACAAGAAACGAGAAGCCGAUCGUGUACAAACUUGUCUAUUUGAGAUGGCGAGAGGUGACUGGUACUGAGCUUGAUGGCAUGACGAUCUUUGUCAGUUUUCAUAACUCUGAGUUGAGAAGUGAACUCCCAUGGAUGAGGAACAAUGUCUUUUUCUCAAGGUUUGGUAAUAACUGCAAGCGUUGUGUCUCAUACUCGUUUGAUGAAAACAGGUACAGUCCGCCUAAGAAAUCGGAGGAAUGGUCUGAACUUUGUCCUCCUCAAAGCCUAUGGAUCAAUCCACCAAAGAACAUGUUAGAGUAUUUGUGA